UUUAAAAUCUUUUUAUAUUUCAGGAAAUAUAUGCUAAUAUGGAGAGUGAUUUUAAGAUGGAGUCAUCAUCGUCUGUCUUUUCUCUUCAAAGUUCCACAGAGACAUUGUUUUCUAUUCAGCUGUUAGAUUUCAAAACAAGUUUGCUGGAGGCAUUAGAAGAAUUACGCAUGAGAAGGGAAGCAGAAAUUCAAUAUGAAGAACAGAUUGGUAAAAUUAUUGUGGAGACCCAAGAACUUAAAUGGCAAAUGGAAACUCUUCAGAAUCAAAAGGAAACAUUAUCAAAGCAACACAAAGAAGCAAUGACAGCUUUUAAAAAACAGUUACAAGUGAAGAUGUGUGCCUUGGAAGAGGAAAAGGGAAAAUAUCAACUUGCUACAGAAAUAAAAGAAAAAGAGCUAGAAGGAUUAAAGGAAACAUUAAAAGAAUUACAGGUUUCUAAAUAUUCUUUACAGAAGAAAGUGAGUGAAAUGGAACAGAAAGUUCAGUUACAUCAUCUAGCUAAAGAAGAUCAUCAGAAGCAACUAAAUGAAAUUGAGAAAUACUAUGCCACUAUCACAGGUCAAUUUGGAAUGGUAAAAGAGAAUCAUGAGAAGUUAGAACAAAAUGUGCAGGAAGCAAUACAGUUGAAUAAAAGACUUUCAGCUUUAAAUAAAAAACAAGAAUCUGAAAUAUGCAGUUUAAAGAAGGAGCUAAAAAAUGUAACUGCAGACUUGAUAAAAUCCAGAGUUACAUCUCAACAUAGAAUCGAAGAAGAAAACAAUUUAACAAUUAAGGAACAAAAGUUUCAAGAACUUCAGCAAAGAUUCAACUUGGAAUUGGAACUAAAUAAGAAGAUUAAUGAAGAACUUACCAAUAUUCAAAAAGAAAAGCAGGAUAUCAUCAAUUCUUUCCAACAUAUGCAGCAGUUACUUCAGCAACAGACUGAAGCUAAUACUGAAAUAGAAGGAGAAUUGAAGAUGCUAAAAGAAAAGAACCAGACCCUUGAAAGAGAUAAUGAGCUACAAAGGGAGAAGGUAAAAGAAAACGAAGAAAAGUUCCUUAAUCUUCAAAAUGAGCAAGAAAAAGCACUAGAAACUUGGAAAAAGCAUGUUGAAGAACUUAAUGGAGAAAUUAAGGAGAUUAAAAAUGACUUUUCAGCACUUAAUGAAACUCAUAUUAAGUUACAAGAACAUUAUAACAAAUUAUGUGAUCAGAAAAAGUUUGAGGAAGACAAGAAACUUCAGAAAUUUCCAGAAGUAAAUAGUGAAAACAGUGAGCUGUCAGUGAAAAUAUCAGAAAUGACCACCAGAGAUAAAUAUAAUCCUGGGCAAGAAAUAAGGGAAGAAAAUGACAUGCAUUUUUGUUUAGAUGGUAAAGACAGAGAAAAUGAGGAAAAGAAAGAAGAUCCAUUUCUAGAAGAAACAAUCAAAGAAGAUUUACAACUUUCUGGACAAUGCUCCAAGAAUGAAAUCAAGACUACUAAACCUCAAGAUGAAAAUCAAAGUGAAACUUCCCUUAACAAAAACUUUAUAGAAAAAGAAUUAUUUAGUCAAGGACAAAUAUUGAAUGUUACUGACUUUCAAAAAACAGUUACUACAGAAAUCACAGAUGAGCUAUUCUUGGACAAAGACAAUGAAUGUACCGAAUUUAAAUCAUCAAAUAACUCAUUUUUAAUGGCGAGUAUCUCAAUAGAAACAGAAAAAAUACAAGGAUUAGGUCAUCAUCAUGUAGAUGUAUGUCCAGAAGGUGAAAAUAGCAUCUUAAAUGAGAUGUCUCACAAUACAGAUCACAAAAAAAAUGUUUCUGAAGGUGAGCCAUUUAAGCAACAAUCCAGACUGCUUCCAGGGAUUCAAGAAAAUACAGAAAAGACGAUGACAAAUAGUGACCAAACAAAAGCAGAUUUGAAUUCAUCUCAAAAUGUAAAAAAGGCCCCUGUUCAGUGUCAGAAAUAUAAUUUACAGGAUUUGAGCAAUGCUAUGUUAGAUAAUAAACAGUGUGAAAUAAAGCAAAUGGGCUUGCUAAAUAAAAAAAGUGAAGUAAGCAUAUUGCCAUUUAAACAAACUUCAAAUUUCUUUCACAUCUGUAAGGAAACUUCAGGGAAAUCUGAACUGAUAAUUUCCUGUGAUACAGUAAACGACCAGCCUAUUUCAUCUGCAGCUUUCAGUGAUAAUUUGCAAGAACUUAAAAAUUCGUAUAAAAAUGUUAAUAUUACACCUGUGUUGCUGAAGCCCAACUCAAGCUCUGGAGAAAGCAUUAUGUGGAAAAGUCUGAAUAAUAUACAAAACUGUCAUUUUAAGAACUUCUUAGGAUAUUCAGAAAACAAUGCAUCUAUUUCCCAUAUUCAAGUUAACAAUGACAAUAUCCAUACUCCAGAAACCAAAGAAGAGAAAAGUGCACUUCACACAAAAACUUACACAGAAUUACAGUUUUCCAGCAAAGAGAGUCAGAUUGAUGAGAAUCAGAUAACAGAAGUCAUAAAAAAUGAUAUCUUCUCUUUUAUGAACGUUAAUGAAAGACCAAGUACAUUGUUAAAUAACACAGAGAAAAAAGAGACAUUAAAUGAUGCUGUCUUAGGAAAAAAUGACAGUGAAGUACAACUGGAAAAAUCAUGCUCAUUUCACAGAGAGCCAUCUGGAAAUGUAGUAAACAGAAGUGGAAGGUCAACCUUUGAUCUUUCAGCUUCUGAUAAAAAAACUGAGAAAACUCCAGUACAUGUGAAGUGUUUAGGUCCUAGUCCUUGGUUAAAUGUAAAUCAAACUGAAAAUCAAACAGUGACUACUUCAGCUUGUGACAUUACUUCGUUGCUAAAAGAGAGGUCAGUAGGUCCAUCCGAAAACAAGAAGAUUGUUUCAAUGACAUUUUGUAAAAAUGAUGGUAUAGGUGAUGGCAAGAAAGGCAUUGGACCAGAUACUACUAGUGUUCACAGAGUUGCUGACACUUUGAAUAACUCAAGUAUCCAUCCAGAUCCCAAGGGAGAGUCCAGUGAAGAGAGGAAUGCAAUUGCAAAGACUUUUUAUGAUUCUUCUUUUCCCACAGAACAUGUAAAAACAAACCUUCUGAAAUCAAGUCAGGUGAUUCAAACUAAAGAUACUACUGAUUUCACUGCAUCACUUACUAAAGAUGACUGGCAAAAUCUAGUAACAAAUCAAAUAAACAAAAUCGAAAAGCUCGUAAGCUUAGAAAAUGACAAUCAAGCUAAAAAGAGAAAAGCAGAAGAGAUGCUGGAAAAAACAACAGAUUAAAAUACCAGUGUGGUUUGGAUUUUAAACUGUGCAGUUGUAGCCCUUUCCCAACUAUUUCUGAUGGGAUGAUGUGAUACUAUCACUAUUGUUUUUGUUCAGCAAAU